CAGACGCAAGGCUCUGAGUCUUCCGGGCCCCGUUGACCAAAGAAGAUGUCAUAGACCGCCUCAAUCUGGCAGAGGUGCUCACGCGCCGGAAAGUAUAUAUGUGAGAGAACUGCACUCGGUGGAAGUACCCCGCACCCACGCAUUCACGCGUACCCUUAACCGUACUCUACCAGCACAAACUAUGCCCUCCACACCCAUCGAGUUCGAUGUGAUUUUCGCCGGAGGAGGAACCGCGGCGUGCCUCACCGCGAGCCGCCUCGCGGACGCGGACCCUGCGCUUCGCAUCCUUAUCGUCGAGGCCGGCGGGCAUACCCAGGACGACCUCGCGCACAUCCAGCCGGCGCGCUACCUAAGCCAUCUUGCGCCGACGAGCAAGACCGUGUCCUUCAUGGUCGCGAAUCCUGAGUCGGCACUCAAGGGCCGCCAGACGAUCGUGCCGUGCGGCAACUGUGUCGGCGGCGGCUCCAGCGUGAACUUCAUGAUGUACACUCGCGCUGCCGCGUCUGACUACGACGACUGGGUGACAAAGUUUGAGAACCCGGGCUGGGGGUCAAAGGACCUCAUUCCCCUUCUAAAGAAGACGGAAACCUACGAGGUCGCACCUGGGAAAGAUGACGUACACGGCUACUCGGGCCCCCUGCGUGUCUCCUACGGCGGCAUCUUCACGAACAUCGGUAAGCAGUUCCUCGAGGUCGCCGCGCAAUGGGACCCUAAGCGUGGGACUACCGACGACCCGAACAACCUGUUCGACGUCAACAAGUACGGGCGCUGGCAGAAGUGGAUCUCGUCGAAGACGGGCACGCGCUCGGACGUCGCUCAUCAUUUCAUCUAUAACAAAAAGCAUCCGAAUGUGACCCUCACCGUGGGCCACCUCGUCAAGCGUGUUCUUUUUGAGGGCACACGUGCCAUCGGCAUUGAGUAUGUGCAGAAUCCAAAGUUCUUUCCAGAUGCGUCCUCCCAGGUGCUUGUUGCGAAGGCAAAGCGGCUAGUCGUCUUAUCAGCUGGCACGUUCGGGUCCCCAGUGAUCCUCGAGCGGUCAGGCAUCGGUGCCAGGGCAGUGCUCGAGAAAGCUGGUGUCGAGCAGCUCGUCGAUCUACCUGGUGUCGGCGAGAACUAUCAAGAUCAUCAGGUUAUUUUUACGCCCUACCUUGCCAGCGAGGAUUCGGAGACCAUCGAUGGCAUCGUGCGCAACCAAAAACCUGACUUGAACAAAUGGUCGACGCAAUGGAAGCAGGACGGCUCAGGGCUCAUGUCUUCGAAUGCCCUCGACGCUGGCGUCAAGCUCCGUCCCGACGCUGAAGAACUGAAGGCCAUCGGGCCCGCCUUCACGAAGAAGUGGGAGGAGUUCUACGCACCCGCCCCCGACAAGUCCAUCUUCUGGAUCGGGUCGGUGUCAAUGUUCGUCGGCGACCCUAGUGACAGUCCGGCGCGCAAGUACUUCAGCGUGUGCUAUUUGGUCAUGCACCCGUCUGCGCUCGGCUUUGUACACGUCCGCAAUGGCACCGACGCGACGGUGCCGCCCGAGUUCGAGACGGGCUAUCUCAAGGUCACAGACGACCUUGCGCUCCUUACGUGGGCGUACAAGCACAGCCGCGAGUACGCGCGCCGCAUGCCAUCCUACCGCGGCGAGUACGUGGCAGGCCACCCACAGUUCGCCGAGGGCAGCGCGGCGCUGUGCCAUGGCGAGAUGCGGCCCGUAGACGUCGGCGCGCCCAACAUUGUGUACACGGAGGACGACGAGAAGGCAAUUGAUGAGUACACACGCAAAGUUGUCCAAACGGCCUGGCAUUCGCUCGGCACAUGUGCGAUGAAGCCUCGCGAGAAAGGCGGUGUGGUGGACUCAAGGCUGAACGUUUAUGGUGUGCAAGGCCUGAAGGUAGUGGACCUUUCCAUUCCUCCGUCAAAUGUUGCAUCGAACACAUACUCGACCGCGCUCGUCAUCGCAGAGAAAGCUGCGGUUAUUAUUGCGGAGGAGCUUGGUAUCCAGGGUGUGUGAUGGCCAUCAGCUCAGUUGGCCCUUUGAAAUGGUGGAGACCUGAGUUAUACCGAAAUGCUACCAACAUGUAUUUCGUGAGAGGUUCUCGGCUAUGUUCUAUGUGGAUGAUGACGGUGAUCGGCUAGAGCCGUCGACACUGCAAGAUGAAGUGCGCGUUUUGGUAGGCUUUGAGCGUCGCUUGAGCGCCAAUGUUUGCCCACUUUUCGGGCCCAAACCGAUGGGUAGCAAUAAUCCGCAAAAGUGCCUGUAUUAGAUCUUUAUCUAACAGAAUCAGGAACUGUUGACUGUUGUGAG